GAACACUCUCAUUCUCUUUGUGCUCGUGGGGCUGAAUGGCACGUAGAAAGUAAUAUACCUACCUAGUAGGCAACCUUGAAAGUUCUAGUUGGUUAGGAUUACGUUGGCUUACCAUACAUCGGCAUUACUACCGUUAUGCUUUAUUCUCUUUCUUCUCCCAACAGUUACAUCCUAUGUAACCCCAAACGCUGAAGCCUUCAUAGGACCCAUUUCGUAAUAUCGAGAGCCGCGUAGUUUUAGUUCUUUGCGCGCGUAAUUUUUCUAGAGCCUCGUUUCCCCCUUUUCGCCCAUCCUUCAUGUUUCUCUUAGUCCCCGACUAAGAAAUUAAGACUAUUUGUUAUUUGGUUGCUUUAAUUCAUACUCUAUUUUGCCUCGGGCAUCUCGCAAGCCAAAGACAGAAUGCCAGCACUCGCAUCAUACGCCGCUUUGGCUGCCUAUUUCCUUGGUCCUUUGAUACUCUUCAUACUAGUGUCCAGAUUUAAUUCUCAUCCCUUGAGCAAAUUUCCCGGGCCACCGCUAGCCCGGUUCACUGACGGCUAUGCCGCCAUCCAUGCAUCUCAGAGACGGCUUCACCUAGCCACAUAUCAAGAUCAUCAAAAAUACGGCCCCGUGGUGAGGCAAGGACCGAAUCGGCUCGUAUUUAACACAGUAACAGCUCUGCAGGACAUCUACCUCAGCCAGCGGGUGACCAAGAGUAAAGUCUAUCUAAAAUCGCUUCUUAGUACCAGUAGGCCAAGCAUGUUCAAUGCCCUAGACAGGGCAGAACACAGCCACAAGCGGCGAGUAGUCGGGCAGCUCAUUACGGAGCGGUCCAUGCGCCUCUUUGAGCCAACCAUGACGCUAAAGAUCAACGUGUUUCUCCGCCAACUUCUCGCCUCCACCGAGAAGGACGAAGUCGUCAACAUGACGAUGCGGUGCCAGCGCUUAGGUGCCGAUGUCGUCGGACUUCUCGCCUUUGGGUAUGAGCUGAACACACAGACUGAGGACACCAACACGAUAAUCCCAAAAGCCAUGAAGGCGACCAGCUACCGCAUAGGCCUAUACAUGGCAUGGCCGAACAUCUCAUUUGUCGACCCCGUGAUCCACUGGCUCGGCCGGAAGCAGAUCCCCAAGUUCUACAACGCGCUAAGGAAUAUGAUUGGUACGCGUAUGAGCAUGCCCAAGGACUCGGCAUACGACCUCUACGCGGUAGCAUCUGGAGACAUCACACCUAACGGCGAGAAGGGCCUUCAGGGUACCGACUUGUGGUCUGAAGCAUCCUUCUUUGUCAUGGCUGGCGGCAUGACAGUGUCUACGCUCAUGAGUGCUGUUUUCUUCUACCUCACCCGCCACCCGGACGUGUACGCACGUCUAGCGGCCGAGAUCCGUACCACUUUCACCUCAAGUGAAGCCAUCGCCGGCGGUCCACAGCUUAGCUCAUGCAAGUACCUCCGCGCCGUUAUCGACGAGACUAUGCGCGUCGCACCCCCGACAACAGCUACACCCUGGCGUGAGGAUGACGUCUACUCAGCCACGCGGCCUCGGUCGGACAGUCCGUGGGUUGUGGACGGGCACGUCAUUCCCCCUGGGGUCGCUGUCGGAGUGAGCCCGUAUAGCAUGCUGCACAACGAGGCAUACUUCCCCGACCCGUUCGCCUUCCGCCCCGAGCGGUGGCUCGACGGUGAGGACGGUAAGGACGGUGCAUUCAACGAGGAAACGCGGGCUAUCAUGCGCCGAGCCUUCGUGCCCUUCGCGUUAGGCGACCGUGCUUGUGCCGGAAAGGCCAUGGCGUACCUAGAGACAAGCUUAACCAUCGCCAAGACACUGUGGUAUUUCGAUUUCGAGACCGCUCCCACAAGCGCGGGAAAAGUAGGGGGAGGAACUCCCGGCAGGACAGACGGUAGAGAUCGAGUGGACGAGUAUCAGCUCUACGAUAUAUUUACAGCCGACCAUGACGGGCCGAAUGUGAUAUUCAGGCCCCGUGCCCAGUUUAUGGACGAGUUGAAGUUGAAAAAUGACGCAUGACAGAAAUGCAAGUCAGGAAAUUCGCGAACGUCUGACGCAGAAAGUUAAUAGACAAUCAUUCAGGAUGGUGUCAGAAAAAAGUUGCCCAUGUGGUAAUAUCACUGUACUGCACUGUGAUUUAAUAUAUCCCCUGUGUUACACAGUCACCUAUUAUGAUCCGAAGUAGGAUUC